AUGACUCUGAGCCUUCCCGGAAACUCCUCCAUAAACCUUGUUGGAGGAUUGCAGAUUCACCUCGGACAACAGCAAGAGCAUGGUUUUGAUGAGCUGAUGUUUCACGUCAAUGCUUUGAAUGCGGCUGCACCAGCUGAGCUUGAGUGUGAGUUUGUUACAGUAUGUGUUCCAAAGAACAAAAAUACUUCUGCUGGUCCUGAACCAGCGGUCUAUGGCAGUGCUGGAGUGUCAACACCCCGGGAGACUGCAAAGCUGCUCAUUCAGCGAUGGAUUCGGGAUGUGCGACAUUCGCAGAAGUGCAUGAUCCUGGUUGGUGAAUACGAUGGUAGGGUGUCCUGGGCCUUCUCCUCGCUGAUUGAUUUGACCAGCGAGAGAGGCCGCCCCUUUGCCAUGGAGGCGACUGAGACGAUGGAGCGGAGCCUGCGACCGUCCAACCUGAACGCGUCGAUCAGUGCCACCUCGAGGCAAUGGACGCAUCCGUGGCCAAGUAUGACAGGCGGAGGCAUGGCGUCCCCAACGCUGACGGCCUCCAGAUUCGUGGCGCCGCCCCGCGUCACCUAUGUGCAAACCCAGUCAGACCUCCAACGGCCCGUCUCCAUGCUGCUCCCAGCCUCCGCGCCGGCCUCCGCGCCAGCCGCGCCACCGGCCAAGCGCGCGACCGCGCCGGCGACGUUGACGGCGCCGGCGCUAGCAGCGCCCAUGAUGCCCAGGGCAUCGAUGCCGGCCGCCAGAUAUGGGACCUCCUAUCCGGCUACUGCCUGGACCAUGCCUUCUGUGCGCACGAUGCCUGCUCAUGCUGCACCGGGCCACGCUUGCCGGGCCUACGGUUUGGCACCUGCUUCGCAGGUGGCCAUGCAGGCUCAAGCGCGUUUCCCGUUGCCCGUGUGA